GUUUAUACAUAAAUAAUAAUAAUAUAAUAUCUUUAUAAUAUCUCUACAUACAAUUCACAUUUAUAUGACACUUGAUCUUCUCUUAUUCGGUGUAUCAACUUAGAUGAUUUAAUAGGCAUCGACUACUCUGGUUUUCGUAGUGUACAGCUGGUUUACGUUGGCUUCGGCUUGUCACUUGUCGCCAUCUUGAUGUUUCUUCCUGCUACAUGGAGGUGUUGUUGUUCGAAGUGGAUACUCGUCUGCGAAAUAAGUGUGUUGCCUGGUGUUUGUUUGGAACUGGGAGAUGAAGUCCUCCAGGCUGUUGAUAUCUCGCAUCCAGCUCUGGAAAAACAUCAGCGGCUCGCCGAGUAAUAGACUGGAUAAUUGGAAACGCCACAUUAACCAAGAGAUUGGUGGUUGCGGAUGGCGGUUGACUGGCGAUAUCGGAUGGCGAUUGGGUGGCGGCACUCUCCAUUCCUUCGGCGGCGCUUGGAGCGAUCUGCGAAGACGCCGGUACCGGGUUGGACGCCCUCACUCCCUCAUCCGGACUCUCAUCGGAAUUAAUCGCAUCAACGACGUUAUCGAUCUUCGUAGAAGACAAUUGGGCCAGGUUUUGCGGGUCGAAAUUGAUGGAGCAUAUGCUGCCUCCCUCUCUCUCUCGUGGGGUCUCCGCUGCAUUGUCCUGGGGUUGUUGAUUUGCCGGUGUCGUGGCUACAUAGUUUUGGGGGUGUUCGCUGAAGUAGGAAAUUUGCGAGUUAGCUGGUGACUGGUUCAUGGUGACGUUAUUAUGGAUUACUUCGAAUAAAGUGCCAAGUGUGUUGCCAAAUUUCAGAAAUAUCAAAAUGAAUUCAGUGAUAGUGCCUAUUCUGGAUAAAAUUGUGUGGUGUUAAAAGUUUCAAGUGUCAUGUACAUAUAUUACUAAACGGACAUCAAUAGACAGGUAUGGCUUACAAAUUACACUAAUAUAGUUCUUAAAAUUUUAAUUAGGGUCUUAUCCUCCUGAAUAACGAUAGUAUUAUAAUGCCUCAAAUAACCUAUAACCCUGGUCAGCAUACAAUGUCUAGAUU